AUUUAAUAAUAUAACCUCAUUUAUUUUGUUCAGAAUCAGAACUACAGAAUAACAUCUUGCGAAUAUUUGACACAGUAUAAUUUAUAUUACUACGUAUGUCUACCUUACUUCCUUAUUUUAUUAGGAGAUUUGUACCACUUCAGUCCCAACAAAUUCGAUACCUACCGAGAUGGAGUCACCGAAGGCCAGUUCGAGCAAUACCAGCAGAGGAAUACGACGAAGCUAAGGAUAUUCAAAUACGGAAACCAUUGAUAAAAACUGCGGAAAAGGAACAAAAUACAAAAAUAAAUUGGAACCAAUCCAGGAUUAAUUCCUUGAAAUCUGAAAAUGAAACAAUUUCAGAGAAACCUCCACAUAAAACUAAAACUGGGAAAAAGACAAAACCCCUUUCAAUAUCAAAAGUCACUAAAUCUAAAUCUAACAAAGAAGCUAUAGAUAUGUUGGAAACGAUUAUAGAUCAAGAUGGUAAUUUCGUAUAUACUAAGAUGAAAAAUAAUGAUUCUAGAAUAAGUUCCAUAUUAGUCGAAGUAAAAUCAAAAAAAGAGAAAGACAAAAGGGAUUUAAUACUUUUAGAAGGUAAAAGGUUAAUCAAGGAUGCAUUAGAUGCUGGAUGUAAAUUGAAAUACAUAUUGUUUAGUAGAAUUGACGAAGUCCAAUUUAUAAAACCAUUCUUACCGAAAUUAGGGGCAAAAUUAUACAAAAUGCCUUAUAGGGAAAUGCAGUUAUGGUCUGAUCUAGCAACAAACCCCGGAAUUAUGGGUAUCUUCAAAAUCCCUGACACAGAAUCUUUUAAAUCUACCGAUAUUAUCCCGCUGACUGUAAUCUGUGAUAAUAUACGAGAGCCAAACAAUUUAGGCGCAGUGUUGAGAACCUGUAGUGGCGUAGGAUGCGAAAAUGUAAUUUUAACAAAAGGAUGUGUCAAUGUUUGGGAUACAAAAGUGCUUCGAAGCGCAUCCGGUGCUCACUUUAAACUUCAUAUAACUAGACGGUUAGGUUGGAGCGACGUUAAAGAAGAAUUACCUCCAGAUUCAAUGAUUUACAUUGCCGAUAAUAGAAAGGUUAGCACUGUUUCCGACGACAACUCCGAGGUACAAAAUUUGGAGGAAACGGUGCAGUCAGUGCCAGUAUUGCCGUAUUACGGUGUCGAUUUCGGUACGGCCCGGCACAUCGUUUUAAUAAUUGGUGGUGAAACCGAAGGCAUUAGCGCAGAGUCGUAUGAAUUGGCUGCGGAAUUGCAAGGCGUACGGUUAAAUGUUCCCCUGAGUAAUGAGGUGGAUAGUUUAAACACUGGCACGGCUUUAGGAGUCAUAGCUUUCGAAAUUAAACGGCAGUUGUUGAAGAGUCAGGAUGAGGGGCACGAUUAUAUAAGUUCAAAAUAUUAAACUUUUUUUAAACGUUUGCUUUUUAUAUUAAUGUAAGUCUGGAAAAAUAAAUGUUUUAGUAUUUCA